AUAAGAUUACUUUUAUUUGUUCUUAUUAACGAUUGCCUUUUCCAAAUUACUAUAAAACGGUGGCUAGGCGAUGAUGGCAUUAGUUUCAAUUGGUUUCACGAGUUGUCUCUAUUUGAAAAUGAAGGGAAUUCUUAUAUUCGCGCUCGUGGUCUGCUCAGCUCUAGCAGUUCCAUCUGAUGUCCACUCGUUGGUUCUACGUCAACGUCAAGAUGUAGAUAUAUUCGGCAACACUAGAAAACUCAUAGAAGAGCUAGUUGAAAACCUACGCCUAGCAGCAACUGAUGCCCUGGACGCCAUCAGGAUCUUUGAAGCUGGUCUGCUCGAGCAAGCCACUGCUAUCCGGGAGAAGAUUGCUGCUGACAUUCAGAACCUAAGCGACCGCGUAACAAAAGCUAUCCAAGGGAUCUUGGACCGAAUUACGGGAACUGGUACUGCGGUUAGAAAUUGCGUUGAGUCCCAUCGCAAGGACGCCAAUGCCCUCUUCAACGAAACAAUGACCAAGACACUCGAAUGUGCUGACGACCGUAUCAGCGAGAUUAGCACCCAGAUUGGCAACCUCAAGAACCUCACCGAAGGAGCCCUGCAAUUCGCAAAUGACGCCUUGGAACAGAUGAAGAAGUGUAUCGAAGAGAACCCUGGCCAGAUUCUGACUGUUGGGUCGUGUUUAGGGAGAACUGCACUGAGGACAGAGAUGAAAGGAGCCGUAUACGCAACCCAGAGUGGACUAUCGAUUGCUCGCCUUAACGUCGCCCUGGCCACCGUCCCAGCAUCUUUGGAAGUAUGCGCUGGAAACCACCUGGUUGCAGCAGGAAUGGUCACCGGCAAAAUCAUCAUGGAAAUCGGCAGUUGCUCUGUGUCUUCAGUCUACAGCACUCUGACUGGCUCCAACUCCAAUGAUUUGUGAAAGUCUCAUGUAAAAUUGGCAAAAUAAAUACACAUUGAUUUUUUCUUCCUUGUUAAUCUAGACAUAUUUUAACAGUAUCUUAUCAUAACUUUUUUGUAAGGUAACUACUAUUAACAAAGCAGCAAUACCUUUAUUUUGAGAUACAAACCCCAUCAUUCUCUCUUCUGUCUGUCACUUUUCUUAAUGUACAAAUAUUGUCUAAAGAUGGACUAUACAAAAGGAAUUGAUUGACAACAGCUAUUAUCACUAUACAAGUAUCAAAUUCUAUUGUUAGUAUUGGCUCUUCAAACUUAUAAGUCUUCUACACACGGAAAACCGCAACGACUGAUAAAGGGAAUCAUACGCUGUUUGGUAACCCUCUAAAAUUGAAGUAAAUGGCAGAUAAAUUUCAAAAACCCUCUUGAAACUAGCCUAUAAACGACAAAGAACCCCUGUUACUGAAGGAAUGUGACCAGCUUUUAUCAUGAACGGUAUAUUCGUGAUCGUUGUCCAGUUUCUUAUUAUUCAAAAUGUUUUGGCGAAAGAAAUAACAAGUUUAGACAAAGAAUUUGUUGAUCAAA